AGGUGACCUACAAAAUUUCAAUUGGAGUUUUACGAUGUCUGAUUAGAACUUAAUUCGUUAGGAAAGUUGCAUAAACACACUAUAUAAUCAGUCGAUACCAUAUUAGUCCAAAUUGAUAAAUUUUGUUGAAUUGUUUUUGCAUAGUGAACUGCAAGUUACGAUAAGAAAAUUCUAUAAAACCUUAAUUAAUGAAAUGCAGCACUUCAUUAACUAAAACAAUUGCUGUGAAAAUGUUACCGAUUUUUUUUGGAAUUUUACUUUUUUCUGCACUUUUUGAAAGUGGCUAUGGUUUCGGUCAGUCUAGAAUUUUCCAAGGAGAAACAGUUGAUAUAAAUGAUGCUCCUUGUAUGGCUAGAGUUCGUAUCAAAAUAAAUGCCACUGUUGAAGGCGCUUGUGGUGGAACAAUUCUAAGUGAUAUGUUUAUUCUUACGGCUGGACAUUGUGUUACAGUAGAAACUAAUAUGAAUAAACCGAAUCCUCCACUGCAUGACCCGAGUAAUUUUACAAUUCUUGUUGGAACUAACGAUCUGGACGACGAGGAAUCCGGACAAGUAAUUGAAGUAUCAAAAGUACACUUCAAAGAAUUUAGCCAGAAGAACGACAUAGCAAUAUUGCAACUAUCCGAAAAAAUUAUGUUGGACGGAGUUACAAAAGACCCGGUCUCUCUUCCAGAAAGUUCAAGUUACAAACCCGAAAAUCGAACGAAGUGUUUCGUCGACGGCUGGGGAAAAAAUCCGCAAAAAUCACAUAAAUUACUUAGAGGCAAAGUCUACACAAUUUCUGAAGAGGAAUGUAAUACUGGCGCUGAUGUCGGUCGCGAUAGAUCGCAUCAAAUUUGUACCUUAGGCGCCAAUGGAGCAGGGCCAUGUACGGGCGACUCAGGUGGUCCGCUUAUACGAGCUUCCGAUGCCACUCAAAUUGGAUUAGUAUCAUUUGUGCCGGUUAAUUGUGCGAGCCCCGGUAAAACAGUUUCAACAUUCACAGCUAUUGCUCCUAAUUUAGAAUGGAUCCACAGUAUAAUGGAGAUGGAUGUCUCAGACACAUCGGACGCUGCCGCUUCAUGUGAUUCAAUGGAUGACUGUGAUUCAAUGGAAGACCCUGAUCCGAUGGAAGACUGUGAUUCGAUGGAUGACUGUGAUUCAAUGGAAGACCCUGAUCUGAUGGAAGACUGUGAUUCAAUGGACGACCGUGAUGCAAUGGAUGACGACGAUACUAUUCCACUAUAACAUGAUUCAAUAGAGUAAUCUCGAUUUUUCGUUAGAUUGUUCGAAGUUUAUUAAAAAUUGGUAAAAUUGGUUGAAAUAAAUUUGUGUAAUACGAUUUCGUU